AUGUCUCUUCUUCGCCCUAACCUGGGUGUCCACGGAUACAGAACGCUUAGGGGAUCUCUGCUGUCUAGACACGCUUCCCUCGCGCUGCCCUCCAAACGAAGCUUCCACGCGUCGAAUCCGCAUCGAAUAAUUGAUACCGCUAUCUUUGCUGCCCAUGAUGUUAUGCAGGCAUUCCAUUCCGCCACCGGCCUACCAUGGGUGUUGUCAAUUCCGCUCACAGCAAUCACGGUUCGGAUGUGUGUUGCUUUACCACUCCAAGUCUGGUCGGUACGGAAGGGCCAGCAAAUGCAAAAGCUGAAUCCGCUCGUCAUCACUUGGAGCAGAGUAUAUCAAAAGCAAGCCAUGGACAAGGCACUUAUGGAAGGGAAGCCUCUCUCCCCGGCGGCUGCAGACAGCAUAUGGCACCGAGAUCUACGGAAGAAGAAGAAGGAGCUAUACAAGAGGUGGAAGAUUUCCCCAUGGGCAACGUAUGCCGGUUUACUACAGUUCCCCAUAUGGCUCGCCAUGAUGGAGAGUCUGCGAAGAAUGGUUGGAAUGUCUGGAGGUCUUCUAUCCAUCAUCCAGUCAUAUAUCGAGAAGAGAGGAGACGGUGUGCCAAUUGUUCCGGUAGAACCAUCGAUGGCUCUAGAAGGCGCCCUGUGGUUUCCAGAUCUUCUCGCGGCCGACCCAACCCAUGCUCUUCCAGUCAUCCUGGCGGCUACGAUGUUCACCAACGUCACCUGGGGCUGGAAGGUCAAGUCUGCAGCGGAAAUCUCGAGGUUGCGCCGAGGUGAAGCACUUCAGGCGCGUGGGUUUAAGAUGCUAAAGCGAUUCUUGCAGGUCCUAUCGAUAUGGCUGGCACCGACUAUGAUAGCCGCGGGGGCACCAGCUGGCUUGUUAAUUUAUUGGAUCUCAAGCUCUACCUUUGCAACGCUGCAGUCACAAGUAGUUCGCCGAGUCAUGAAGACCAAGGGACCACCAGAACCGUGCCGUGAAAGGAGCGUCGGGAGCAUUCACAGCAAAGGGCCCUCGACAUUGAAAUGA